AAGCCUCAUAUAAUCAAAGACGGGCUUCUGGGUCAAAUACUCAAAGAGAUCCUUUCGUCUGGCUUUAAGAUAACAGCCAUGCGCAUGCUGCUAAUGGCGCGAGUGAAUUGUGAGGAAUUCUAUGAGGUCUACCGCGGUGUACUGCCGGAAUUCAUACCAAUGGUGGCUCAGCUGGCAAGUGGUGUAUGCAUGUGUCUGGAAGUAGCUUGCGAGGAUCCGGAAAAGAACUCGCACCAGGAAUUCCGCAACUUUUGCGGUCCAAUGGAUCCAGAAAUUGCCAAGCUAUUGCGCCCACAUACGCUGCGCUCCAAGUUCGGCAGCUCCAAGGUGCUCAAUGGCAUUCACUGCACCGAUCUGAGCGAUGAUACAAACCUUGAGCUGCAGUAUAUGUUCAAGAUACUAGAAUGAUUCCAAUUAUCUACUUUGUUCAGUUAAUUUAUUUGUCAUUCGACCUAGAUGUAUGUGCGUGUGUGUGUAAAU